AGGAUAUUGACGGCAGGCAAAACUCAAACCCCAAUAUUGUGGUUGUUUGGUUCCAAAGUGAAGGUCGUCAACCGUGGACGCGCAGGAAGAAAGUCAUGAUGCCAUGUGUGGGGAGCCAGUGAUUGGGUCGGAUAGACUGGCCUUUCUCCGCAUUUUCACUCUCACUCUCGUCCAGACGCGCAUUGCGCACUCUUCGCUUUUUGCUCACCUGCACCUCACCACAUCCUUACAACGCGAGACGUGCCAUACUCCCUCGUUCAGCCAUUGAUUGAUGCAUUCUGUUCAGGUGUGGUACUCGAUGACUGGAUGCGAUUCGAAUCCUGCAGAGCCGGGAAAGAAGCUGACAAGUGCCACUCAGGUAUGGGCUGUGGUAGGUGGUUGAUGGCUGCAAGGACCGGAGCUGCUACUGGGAUGCAGCCCCAGGAUAUCUAAUCCGCCUCAAUCACAGACGUCAUGACAGCAGCAGCAGCUCCUCCCUCGCCUUACUUCCAUCUCUUCCUAUACCAUGGCCACUCGGACGCGACGCAAAAACCUCCCAGUGGAGUAUCUUUGACCACGGACUUGCGCAGCCUCGUCUUACCUCUCAUGCCUCUCUGACCUCUGCAAGCAUCAUUGACUACGUCACGAUUCGAAAGAGCUGUGUUCAUCGACUCUGGUCUGGGAUGUCCAUUGGGCGACUUGAACACCGGCAAUGCUCGUGUGGCGCACCAUGACAGCUACAUAUUCCCCGCCCAUUGCUCAUACAGGUGAAAUAUGUGGUCGAAGGCUGUUCCGGGGCCGCUUGCCGAGCCUCGAUUCCAUGGGCAUUCUGACGAACUUGGACGAGAUGGAUCUGACAACCGGAUGCUCUCGGUAUGGACGGAAUGUUGAGGUCAUGCAGUUUGUGAGACAGCGUGGUCAAUGAAAAGUUAUAAUUCCCGCAAAAUCUGAGAGCCGCACUCUGACCCUCGUUUCGUUCCCGGACUCGUUCUCUAUUCCUGCCGUGACAAUGAAGUCUUACGCGGGUAUUCUCUUGGGCUUUGGCACUCUUGCAGCGGCUGCUCCUGCUCCUCAACUCACUCUCACGCCCGCGAGCGCCCCCAUUCCCCCUGUUCGAAGCAGUGAACAGACAGGACCGACUUCUCAUGGUCCUUACAACGGUCCCAGUCCCACCGUGACGGGAGCAUUGAGCGCUCCGCCCGUGGCUCAAUCGAUCGCUCCUGCUGGGCCAGCCCCAGUCACUUACACGAACAACAAUGGGCUACUCCAAGCUUCUAGCAUGCCCGUCCCGUAUCAGCCAGCCGGCGGACAGGGCACCAAUGGAACCCUGCCAUAUUAUCACCCGCUGUCCGACUUCGACUACGAGUCAUUGACUCUGGCCCUUUACCAAGAAUGGAUUGAGCUGGAUCUUUUCCACAAUGGUCUCGCUCGAUUCUCCGUGCAGGAUUUCAACAAUGCCGGCUUGACUGCAGAGGAUCGAUUCUUGAUCGAGUUUAUGGCAAACCAAGAGGUUGGCCAUGCAACAUUGCUUAGCAACAUCCUGGGGCCUGCGGCUCCGCCCCAAUGCACCUACAAUUAUCCCUACACCAAUGUCCGGGAAUUUCUUGACUUUUGUCAGAAACUGACCCGUUUCGGCGAGAGCGGUGUCUACGGCUUCCUUGGACACUUGGAUUCGCGAGAAUCUGCCACGCUGUUGCUUGACUCUAUCACCACUGAAGCCCGCCAACAGUUGAUUUUCCGUCAAUUUGAUGGCUUGUUCCCGAUGCCUGAAUGGUUCAUCCCUGGGAUUCCUCAGUCUUGGGCUUGGACACUGCUAGCUCCAUACAUCUCGAGCUGCCCUGCGAACACAACUCGUCUCGCAUGGCAGAACUUCCCUGCGCUCACCAUUGUGAAUAACCCCAACCCGGCAAAGACGAAUCCCAACAUUGGCCCCAUGUCAAACACAACUGGAUCUGACCCCUUAAACACCACCGGUAUUGCCUCCAGCAACUUGUGCAUCGACGCGAAGGGCGAGUCUUCAGACUGUGGUCCCGCUAUCAGCCAGAACAAGUCCAUCCCUCUGUCUUAUCCUGGUAGACCCAUCCAAUUCUCGUGGGGCAAUGUGAAUGAGACUGUCGGUCCCAAUAAUAGUUACCUCACCGCACGAUCGCCUCUUGCCGAUGCACCCCGCUUUGCCCUGUUCGUCUCUCAACUCAACGCCACUUUCAUCCCGCUUGUCAACAUUAGCGGCAACACUGCAGCGGUCAUCCAGCCCAACAUGUCGACAUAUGCUGGAGAUCCUGCCGUCAACUCAACUAUCUUUAUUGCGCUGACAAGCCAGAAUCCAUAUGUUACACAGUUUAAUCUGUCGAUGGUUAAUCCUUACGUCUAUGCGGGACCAGCCUUGUACCAAGCUGGUUAACGCGGCAUAUAUCAGGCUGCCGUCAUGGAUAUGGCAAAUGAAGAUUGGGAAUAUGUUGCAGUGAUGGAUGAAGAACCAGAUGGCCCAUGCCGCAGAGUCAAGAAGUAAAAGAGACGUAUUGUAUGAAAUUGUAACUGGGCUUGUUCUACCAACGACAUGUGUACAGCACGAGACCGAGUCUCUAAAAAUGGGCAUUAAUAUUGUUCCAACG